UAAAGUAUCGGCUGCACGUGGGAUCGUACUAUCGUAGAGUCGUAGAGAGUCAGAUGUGUUUUGUUCUAAAAUUUUGUGAAAGUGGUUGACGUAAUUCUGGCUGUGUUUUCAUGCGGUAUAUUUGAUUCUAAUAUCGGAUUUGAUUAAAAAACACACUUUGUUGGCCCAAUUCAGAGCUUGAAGACCAUAUAAGAGAAGAAUUCACGAUACAUGAAAGUUUGAUAUUGCGUCAUGUAUCGAUAAUUUAAAAAGUAUUUUACAAUAUAUAUUUUUUUACUAUAUAUAUAUAUUUUUGUGGCGAAGCGCAUUAAAAAUGCAGCAAUCGCAUGUAAUUUAAACAUUGAAAAAUGAUUUUUCUAACCUACUUCAAGUAUCUUACCUAACCUCUAUCUUUGUGCACCGUGAAUGCAUUCUCGCGUGUUCGUGACACAGUUGUCUAAAUCUUAACUGUUUAUUGAUCUCUACGCCAGUGAGUUAUUAAUACUGCCCGAAAUCAUGAAUACGGAAGUGUGUAAAGACGUUCUGCAAGCCGUCGUUCUUGCGGACGAUUUCACAACGAGACUGAAUCCGGCGCAGAACGUGCUACCAAGUAUCUUGAUUCCCGUGAUAAAUAUACCGCUUUUUGAUUACUUAAUCGAAACACUGAUAAGGUCGAGGAUACAAGAGGUGUUUCUUUACUGCAGCAGUCACAUAGAUUUACUAAAAAAAUAUACGAAGGAGAGGAAUUACAAAGACAUUACGAUCACCUUGAUCAUUUCCGAUGGCUGCAGAUCUCUCGGAGAUGCUCUGCGGGAUAUUGACGCAAAAGGUUGGAUCAGAGGGUGUUUCAUAUUGAUUCGUGGAAAUGCUUUUACCAAUACGAAUCUUAAGGCCUUACUGAACGCCCAUCGUUCGAAAGUCGAGAAGGACAAGGGAGCUACUAUGACUAUGGUACUGCGAAACUUCGGUUCUACUAAGAAUUCUCUUUACCUCAAUGAAGAAGCGUCCCUAGUGGUGUCGGAUAAAAGUAGUAAUAAGAUUCUGUUUUACACUAAGCUGAAGAACAGCGAGAAGAAAGUAAAGCUAGAAUUGAAUUGGUUUCUUGAACAUAACGAGGUAGAAAUCAAUUCUUGCUAUUUGGACACUCAUAUUUACUUGUGUUCGCCAUCUGUUUUGCCACUUUUUGCUGAUAACUUUGACUUUCAGACUAUGGACGAUUUUAUUCGAGGAGUUUUGAUGAACGAGGAGAUUUUGAACUCGAGGAUCUAUUGGCAGCAGUUAAAUGCAGAGGAUUAUGCCUUGCCAGUUACAUCGUGGAAGGCUCAUCAUGUGCUUACCCAGGACGUUUUGCGUAGACACAGUUUUCCUCUUGCGCCAGAUGCUUUUCCCUUAUUGAAGAACUUUAUUUGCAUGCCGCGGAGUACAUAUAAACAUGAGACUGCUACAUCUGCUAAGGGAUGUUUAUUAGAGAAAGACUGUAUUCUUGGAUUUAACAGUUCCUUAGGAAAUAACACUAAAGUUGCGAGAUCUGUGAUUGCAGAUCAUUGCACCAUAGGUAGUAACGUAAAUAUAUAUAACUCUUAUGUUUUUUCAAACGUGAGAAUCAAAGAUAAUUGCACCAUUAUGAACAGUAUCUUGUUUCCGGAUUGCAUCAUUAGGUACCGUAGCCAAAUAGACGGAUGUAUAUUGUGUCCUGGGAUUGAUAUUGCCGCGCGCAGUCAAUACGUCGAUAUCAUUAUCGAGUCCACACCUUCCGGUAUGUCUAAGACGAAAAUGUCAGAUCUCGUUGCUAACGACGGAUUUUUGUAUUUUAAGAACGCUGAAGUGAUCGACUGCGAUGAUUGUUAUUCCACAGAGUCGUCUAGCGACGAAAGGGAUCUGGAGUGUGAUUCUCCGAUUCCGGACGACACGAAUAUGUUCUUGUCUGAAGUCAUCGACAGUUUAUUACGCGGUUAUCAGGAUCAGCUCAAUUGCGAGAACUUGAUUCUAGAAAUAAACUCGUCAAGAUACGCGUACAACGUCACUAUCCGCGAAGUGACAUAUAAUGUUAUCAAAGCGAUUCUCAGUUUACCGUUGCACUAUCUUUCCGAAACGAAGAUCGCCGUUAGUAAACAGAAUUAUCAGGAGAAUCUAAAAAUUAUGAUAUCCUAUUUUAAGCCUAUUAUUCUGAAUUAUGUUAAGAACGAAGACGCGCAGGAGGAUUGUUUGCGUGCUAUAGAGGACGUUGCUAGUACAACCGACGAGUUGUUGCCGUACACGCAACGCCUGUUGAAACUAUUUUACGACGACGAUGUACUCUCGGAAGAAAAGAUUUUAGAGUGGUAUGAGUCUGGCGAAGAUGCGGAUGCACUUCAUGCAAAAGUGAAAAACGCCGUCUCGCAGUUUAUUAAAUGGCUGCGAGAGGCAGAGGAAGAUUCCACUGAGAGUGAUGAUGACUAAUAAUUUCUGUAUUUAAAAACUUUUAUAUGAAAUAUGUAUUAUCUAUAUGAAAUGUCUUAAAAGGGAUUGUGCACAUGUGAUGUAUUGUAGCAAAAAAUCGUAACAAAGUGUCAUUCUGUUCUCAACUUCUUUAUUUUUGUAUUAACUCUCUUAAUGCUUUAUAAUACUUAAUUUUUGAGCAACGAUAAAUCACGCACAGAUCGGUGACACGCGCGCCAAGUAUAUUAUAGCGUAUGCACGUGUGUAUCCGUGUAAACGUAUAUAACAUGUCGAUAAAGCCCGCAUACUUCGUGUAUUUAAUCUUGACCUGCUUUCCGAUCACUGAAACAGAGCCAUCACUCCAUGGGCACGUCCAUUUCCGCCAGAUUGUGCCAUGUCAAAUGUCGAUGAUCCGGAAACUUAAUCGCGUCUAUCCAGUGUCGUAAACGCGCCCCUUUGCUAGCGCAACCUAACAUAAGACCGCCUGUAAAGAUGUACAGAUAUGUGUAAAAUAUAAGCAUUUUAUAAGCAGAUUAAA